UUAUUUUGUGUUAUCAGUAAACUCAAUUUCUCUGCAUAAAGCUCCAUACCGCAGACCCUGCAACCCGGCAGCCGCGCACUUUCUCUCUCUAACCCAUCUCUGUCAUCAUCACAUCUCUCUCUCUCUCUCUCUCUCUCUUCUGCAACUUUCUUCUUCCUCGUCGCCGUCGCCGUCGCCCGCUGUCGCUCUUCUCCAUUAUCAUUCCCAUCAAUCUAUUCUGAAGCCACCGGCGUGAAGCUCACCGGAAUACGAUAAGGAAGACUCCCACGAAAUCUCACGCCCCCCCGGCUACAAUGCAAAACCCCUGAUUCCGAAUGCCCGGCGGCGACAUUGAUAGAUUGAGUGCAGCUUCUUCUUCUCCUUGUCAUUCCUCGGGAAAAUGAAGGUGGCCAUCUGGGAGCGGGUGCCGCCGUCCGGGACUCCGACCGCCGUGGCCGGCAUCGGCGGCGUCGGCCCGCAGGCCCGGGCGCUGCCGAAGCUGAUGGUGUGGCUCAUCCUCUUCGUGUCCGUCACCUACGUCGUCUACACCCUGAAGCUCGUCUCCUCCUCCCACGCCUGCGUCGACAGCGAGCCCUUCACCACCUCUCGCCGCCUCGCCUCCUCCUCCUCCGCCUCCGCCGCCAACUCGUCCCUCUCGUCCUCGCUCCUGCCGCCGUCGGGUCGCAACGGGACGGCCCUUGCCGAAUCGGAGCAGCGGACGGAGCUCCAGCACGUCGUGUUCGGGAUCGCCGCCUCCGCCAAGCUCUGGGAACAGAGGAAGAACUACAUCAAGCUAUGGUACAAGCCGGAGGAGAUGAGGGGCAUCGUGUGGCUGGACAACGCGGUGGCGACGCGCACCGGGGAGGGCCUCCCCCCGGUGAGGAUCUCCGGCGACACCUCCCACUUCAAGUACUCGAACCGGCAGGGCCACCGGUCGGCGCUGCGGAUCUCGCGGAUCGUCUCGGAGACGCUCCGCCUCGGCCUCAAGGACGUGCGGUGGUUCGUGAUGGGCGACGACGACACGGUGUUCGUGGCCGAGAACCUGCUGCGGGUGCUCCGGAAGUACGACCACCGGCAGUACUACUACAUCGGGAGCCUGUCGGAGAGCCACCUCCAGAACAUCUACUUCUCCUACGGGAUGGCCUACGGGGGCGGGUUCGCCAUCAGCUACCCGCUCGCGGCGGCCCUGGAGCGGAUGCAGGACCGCUGCAUCCAGCGCUACCCGGGGCUGUACGGCUCCGACGACCGGAUCCAGGCCUGCAUGGCGGAGCUCGGCGUGCCCCUCACCAAGGAGCUAGGGUUUCACCAGUACGAUGUGUAUGGGAACCUGUUCGGUCUCCUCGCCGCCCACCCGGUCGCGCCCCUGGUGUCCCUCCACCACCUUGACGUGGUGGAGCCCAUCUUCCCGAACGUCACCCGGGUCCAGGCCCUGCAGCGGCUCAUGGUGCCCAUGAAGCUCGACUCGGCCGGCCUGAUGCAGCAGUCCAUCUGCUACGACAAGGCGAGGAGCUGGACCGUGUCGGUGUCGUGGGGGUUCGCGGUCCAGGUCUUCCGGGGUGUGUUCUCGCCCCGGGAGAUCGAGAUGCCCGCGCGGACCUUCCUGAACUGGUACCGGAAGGCGGACUACACGGCGUAUGCAUUCAACACCCGGCCGGUCAGCCGGAACCCAUGCCAGAAGCCCUUUGUGUUCUACCUGUCGAACGCGAGGUUCGACCCAUUGGCGAACCGGACGGUGAGCGAGUACAUCCGCCACCGGGUGCCCAACCCUCAUUGCAAGUGGAAGAUGGCGAAUCCGGGGGCCUUGGACUACGUGGUGGUCCGCAAGAGGCCCGACCCCAACCUGUGGGAUAGAUCGCCGAGAAGGAACUGCUGCCGCGUGAGCUCGAAGAGGAAAGGGAGCAUGGUGGUCGACGUUGGCGUAUGCAGGGAAGGCGAGAUGAGCGACAUCUAGGGGCGAAGAAAGGGUUUUCUUUAGCAAGUUGGGUUAGCUUCUCCUCCAAGUUCCCUCUUCCCACUCUCCUAAUUGUUUAAUUAAAAUCCCCUUUUCCUUAUUAUUCAUCAUCAUCAAGUUGCCAAUUUUGUAAGCGCCCCCGCCCCUCCAAAGUGGACACGAUUCGUUGAUUAGGGAAAAAAGAAAAAAAAGAUUAGAGGAACAGCAUGUGAUAUCAAUGUACAAAAUUCCUUUAGAUUACACAAAACCCAUCAAGGAAAAGUGCAGUUUCGAUUCCUUAA